CCCGGAAGUGUCAGCCUCGCUCUUGUUGGUGAUUUGUAAUGGGAGCUUAUUAUGGGUGCGAAAUAGAAACCAGUUAGCUGUCUGUUGCAUGUCGUUUAACUUUCUUUUUCCCAGAACAAAACGCUGCCACCAUGACAAACGUGUACUCCUUUGACGGCAUCCUUGUAUUUGGACUUCUCUUCAUUUGUACUUGUGCCUAUCUGAAGAAGGUUCCUCGCCUCAACAGCUGGCUCUUAUCUGAGAAGAAAGGCGUGUGGGGCGUCUUCUAUAAAGCGGCGGUAAUCGGGACCCGGCUUCACAUUGCCGUGGCACUCUCCUGUUUGUGUAUGGCCUUCUAUCUGAUCUUCUUGAAAUGACACUGAUGGAGCCGCCUCAUGGACACUGUUUGGACGUUGAGGCCUGGAGUGCCAUUUGGAAACGCCGGACAGGCGAAUCCAACCAUCAGGACACACACAGACUGCUCCACAUUCCUACUUUCUACCUGUUUCUCUAAGUUGUAACCAUCUUGUUCCUUUAUUUCCCCCCUCAUAUGAUAAUUUGUCUUUGGCUCGAUCUGGAGGGAGAUGAGUCUGAAUCAGAGUAAGGGAAGAAAUAAGAUUAAGGAUAUGAGUAUUUAGCUUUCACUUGGUGGUUUAAGGUUAUUGUCAUGGUUAAACAUGGAAUGGUGUAAAAAUGUAAGAAAAAAAAAGUUCAAGACACUAUGUUUUUGAAUUAUUUGCAAAUCGAUUCAUUUUUGUUGAGGCAAAAUGCUCAUUAUGGCUGUAGCUCUUGGCUGCACGCUUUAUUAAAUCUUCUAUUUGGUCAUAAAUGUAGCCUAAUGUUUCUUAUCAGCGGCUGUACGUUCAGCAUGAUGACAUGAUGUGCCAGUCCUCCUCCUCUUCCUCCUCCUCCAUUUUGCUUUUUGUUACACACUUAAACUUAAGCACACUUAAUCCGAGGCUUUGGUUAUCCAGUCGGUUAGUAUAAAUCAGACAUUAAGGAGAAGAUAAAGAGCGUACACUUGGACCACUUUUUAGCCUUUGGACUUUAUUAGAUAUUUUACAUUAAUAUGCGGUUCCUCUCAUGCCUGUUAAUGCCACGGUUUCACCUCCGAUCAUCUUCAUGUUGAUUCUUUUCUGUGGUGCGAACAUCAUAUAGGUAUUCUACAGUACAGCAAUGUGAAGGUUGGUAUGUGUAAAUAUACUGUAUGAGAUAAUAGAGUAAAUAGUAUAAAUAUUAAAACAAUUAAAAAAAAAAUCUAUCUUACAACCUGGAUGGGGUUUUCUUUUCUAAAGCAAUAAGGAAUAAUAAGCAAUCUGUUGUCUUGUUUUAGUCGACCACCAAUACCCGCUCACGAUUGACUUACUGCACGUGCCAAAGUUUCGUAGUUUUAAUAUUUUCGUGCAGAUUCGAGCCUCGCUGCCUGUUAUCGUCAGCUAAAGAAAUCAAUUUGUAUACAUGGGUACAUCUGCCCAGGUUCACUGCCGUCUUUAUGGAGCGUUCAUGCUGGUUGUCAAGCAGAAGGUUUUUUGGUUGUUCUUUUUUUUUUUUUUUUGUAUUUAAAUUGAAUUAAAUAAAGAGUGUAAGCCCUGGA